CGUCUAGUUCCAUAAUACAAAUCACGUUGGAGACCGUACUUUUAGAUAUUUAAAGCCCAAUGACCUAGUUUCCUUUACUAGAAAAAGGCGGUGUUAAAAAAAGGAAAAUUUAAUUUAAGACGCAAGCUAUCGAGAAGCCUUUAAGAGUAAUUUACACUCAGAGACAGUUUCUGAGUUUUAAUUACACUGCAGGUCACAUAGCACUACUUGGGUAGUUUAUUAGAAUGAAAGACCAUCAUUACCCUAAAAAAACAAACUAGAAACUAAUUCUCUCGUUGUUUUUUAUUUAUAGUUUGUUUUUUGAAUUUUGAAUAAAUUGAAUGGUGGACCCAAAACCAAAUUUAACUGAUUUUAAUAAUUAGACACUUGCCUUUUACUUUUUGACAUAAUAUUUUUAAUCAAGAUUUACGAUUCCCAGAAUGAAAGAGAAGAAAGAAACUUGAGAAAUUUACUAUCGACAGAAAUUUGUUUUGACGAUAGAGAUGGUGCCGAAGAAGAUGACGACUAGACGAAAACACACAGGAAAGAGAGAGCUGAUGAGCCUUCGGUUGUGGAAGAACUAGACGAGCGAUUGAAACAGAGAGGCGUUUUGCAACUAAGUAAGUUGACAUCUUUGAUUUUGAAACGAAAGUUAUAAUCUUUAGUGUGUAUUAUAUUGUUGUGGUGUUUGCGGAUCUGACUGUGUCUUACGAGGGAAAUUUGUUAUUCAUGUUUGCUUUUGUUUGUGUAAGAAUCUGAGAGUUAAGAAGCAUUGUGCCUUUUGCAGGUUAAACAUGUGCUUACAAAUCUAUGCUACAUGGGAAUUCAGAGUUAGAGAUGUUGUUUGAAUUUGUAUACAAUAAAUACAAGAUUUGUUGGUUAUAAAGAAAGAAACUUGGUUGUGGAUGGUUGUUUUCUUGUUAGGUAGUGUGUUGUACACUUGUGAUGUUUUGGGUAUGUUGUACGGUGAUUUUAUUCGUAAGUAAAUAAACUGUGAAACACUAUAGUUGUAAAGUAAACAAACUCCAUAGUCGCAUUUUUGUUUUUAUGUACAUCAUGUUCGUGUACACGAGUACAUUUAGCGACCGCAUGGAUGUGUACGUAAUGGCAGUGUACACGGGUACAUAUGAAAGAAAGACAUUUGUCUUUGUAGGUAUAAAGACGAGGAAGUGUGGUUAACGUGAAUGAAUGGGGUUCUCAUUUUCGUGAAUGUUAGAACACUCCGUUUUAUGUUGUUUUCAGUGAAGGGAGGGAAGGUGACACAUCAAAUGCUACUAUAAGAAUCUUAGGUUACUUCCGGCCUUCUAAAGCUAAGGUGAUUUGUGUGGUAAGGCAAGUUAUCUACCAAUCGAUUUGUCUCAUCUCAUCUAAAUCACUCUUGGUGUCAGUCUAAAAGACAAAGGUUCUUUUCGAUAUUGAUAUAGGCGUACACAUGUACAACAUUGUAUAUUGUUUCACUGAACUAUAUACAGGCGUACCCAUAUACAACACAUUGUUUGUGUACACAUGUACAACAUUAUAUAUUAUUUGUGUACAUAUAUACUUGAACUAUAUUUCAAUGAUAAUUUCAAUCCCAUAAGCCCAAGCAUUUCAAACUGAACAGCUUUGGUACGUUUUAGUGUCAAACGACAUCCACUUUCACAAAUAUACUAAUCUAAAAAUGGAACACUAGACUAAAAUGAAGAAAGUGAAGAAUGGACACUAAUAGGUUUGGUGUACAUAAAAGUUAAUGUACUGUAAGAAACACUAAUAUGUUUAGUGUACAUAAAAGUUUUAGAUUGAUAUUGAGAAUGGUGUACAAAAAAGAUGAAUAAUGUUUUGGCGUUGCAAUAGCUAAUAACAUUUAUUAACAUUUACGUGUACAUAAUGUACAAGAUGAUUGACUGUCACGUGUACACUGGUGUACUGAUUAACUUUUAUGUACAUCAGUGCUGGUUAACUCUUAUGUACAUCACGAAUGAACACUGAUAGGUUUGGUGUAUAUAAAAGUUAAAGAUUGACACUAAGAACCGGUGUACAAACAAAGAUGACUCAAUAAUGUUUUGACGUUGCGAUAGUUGAUAACAUUUAUAUGUGUAUAAUGUACACGAUGAUUGACUGGCCGGCCAUGUGUACACAAUCUUGGUUCGACAUGUACAUAUGUUUAAAAAAACAACGUGUACACCUAUUGCAAAUUUUUACACUUAUAACACCGUGAAGCUUAUGACCUUUCAGUUCUGUCCAACUCAGCAAAGGAGGACUGUGUGUAAAAUUGUGAAGUAUAAGAUGCGGCGAUGGGGAUGAUUUUUUUUGGAGGUGUCCCAUGUGAAGGUGCUAUUGUGGAUGAACCUUAACUUUGGCGGUGUCCCAUGUGAAAGCGCCAUGGUGGAUGAAUUUCUUGAUUCUUACAGUCUGGUUUACGGUGGGGGAUGAGUCUUCUACAUUGCUUUUGCCGUCGACUGUGUUUCCGCCAUCGUCUUCGUCAUAGUCGCCAACAACUCCUCCGUUGUUGUUGCUGUCGUAUAUACCACCACUAAAUCACUUCGGAGAUACACCUUGACAUAUUUCAAAAGAUAGAUUAAGUAAUAGAGAUAAUGAUUAAACACAAGUUUUCUUGAAAAAAGUAUAUAAAGAAGCAGAUUUCAAUUUAGAAAAACAGAGAAUACGGGAGGAUAAAAAAAAAAAAAGAGAAUACGGGAGGAGAAAAAAUGGAGAAUUUGGGAGGAAUAUGACGAAGAGUAAAGAUAAGAGGACCCACUUGGUCUCUGAAGAAUCUUGACCAUUAGAUUAACAAAUAAAUGAAUGGCUAUAGUUAAAUUCCGCCUAAAAAUGAAAUAGAUGUUACAUUUAGUUAUCAUAUAACACUUAGUUACAAAGUUAUUUAGUUAACUUUUAACCAGAAAUUGAGUUUCAUUAGACAAAACUACCUUAGUAGUGAUAACUGCCUCAUUGUGUUAAUAAAACUCAUAAACUGCCUCUAGGUGUAAUUCUUUCUUAACUUUAUAUAUCCACCUCUCUUUGCUCAGUUUUUUGAUUUGUUCUUUCAGAUUUUUAUUCAAUCUCAAGAAAGCAUUAUGGAGGACGAUCUACAAAGACCCUAUUCUGUUUGUACUAUAUCUCCGAAAUCUUCUGCGUUUCAAACUCCGACGUGACUGCCCUCCUCAUGAAACUCCAAUGGAACUCACAGCUUCUUUUAGAGCGGUUAUGCCAAGAAAACAACAAACUGUCGACUGAGUCAGGUUUUGUUACCGACUUGAACCAAGAUUUGUCCGAUUCUGAUUCUUCUUGUGAUGACGUUGAUAAAUAAAGUCCCUGCACCCUUUUGUUCUCACAAGUUUUCCAUAAACUGUACUGGAGUAAGUACCUUGAGAAUAACAAGAAGAAAUAUACAAUCUCUUGUCCUCUUCAAGGUUGUCCAUCAGAAGUUGAGUGGGACGCGAUCGAGAACCUAACAGUAAGGAAAAAAAAACAGGUACGAUAAGUAUGUGUUGAGAUCUUACCUCGAAAAAAGCAAGAAACAGAUCAAACAGUGUCCUGUACAGGGCUGCAGUUACUUCAUUUAGUUUCCUUCCAGGAUUAAUGGUGAAGAGUAUGGUUUAAACGUGGUGUGUCUAUGUGGUCAUACCUUUUGUUGGAGAUGCAGCCUUGACUCACACAACCCUGUGACAAGCAACAACGCCUCUGAUUGGCUGUCUAGAGACUUGAAGAAGCUGUCAGUUUCCAUGGAUGAUACUUCGUGUUUGGAUCGGUGGGAGGCGUGUGAAGCUUCAAUGGAGAAAGCUAGAUCUGAGCUCCAAGCUUUCGAGGAAUCAAACAACACGACUCUGAGAGAAGGAUUGAUGAUGAUUGUUCAGUGCAGACAGUUCCUUAAAUGGAGUUGUGUGUAUGAAUACAUCCACCUAGAGCACGAGGACUCGAAGGAGGAGUUUCUGAGGUUCCUACAAGACUAUGCGAGCACACUUGUCCAAAGUUUCUCAGAGACUUUAAAGAAGGAAAGAGAAAAGGCCUUGUCUGAAACUACUCUUGAGGAGGUUACUUGCUCCAGGGGUAAUCUCUAUGACGUGACAAUCAACAUUGGUAACUAUUUAUAUAACUUCGGUAAGGCUUUACAAGAUGGUUUGGACGUUGUGGAGGUGAGGCACUAUGAUGAUUUUUCUCCUUGCUGGCUAUGCGACCGCUGCACAUAUGCAUACACUUGGCUCCAUAAGGUGUGUCAGAUGUGCUAUGAGUUUCCUGUCGAGAAGCCAAGUGGUUCGUUUCUUAACAAGGUUUCUUCUUAAAUAUGAAAAGUUUUAGGAGACAUGAAAAACUUGAGAGUCUUUUUGCUCUG